GUGCGUCAUUUCCCGGUGCCUGGUUUUUUAACUUCACUCUCACUUUCCCCCGCUAUCAACUGAUUCUGCUGAAUAACGCACCCGAAUAAGUUCUCAGUUUUGGAACACUGAGAAUCCACAUUUUCUUGGUGUAUAACUUGGGAAAGAAUGGCUCCCACAAAAACAGGAAGUACCAGCUCUAUACCUAACGCAUCUGGGAGUAGCCAACCGAAGAGUCGCCCCACAACAAAGGUCAAAGAUAAGGACUCCACGACCUCCCUAGUGGGGUCUGGAGAUGCAGAGAGGUCAGUACCAAGGGUCCCGUCUGUCCCUGAAAAUAUCUGGGGGCCAGGAGGCAGACGAUCCUCCUGGACCCCAAAAAUAAAGACAGCGGACACAGCCGAAGCCAGAAACGCCUCCUCCAAGCCCCGGGGCUCCCGCCCAGCUGCCAGCGCCGGAGCGAGGGCCACGACCCCCCGGGGAGCACGUGCCCCUGCCAAGAUCCCACCCAAGGGAGGGCAGCCUGUCCCUACCCCACCUAAACCAGAGGACCUGCGCCCCGCCACGGGCGAGAAGAUGGAGCAGCGGGCGGUGGAGGAGCUGGAGCAGCAGACCCGCGGUCAGUGGCGGAACCCCAACUGGCACUCCUGCCGCAAGAACCGCAUCACAGCCUCCCUGGCGCACCAGGUCGCCCACAGCCGCUUCGCCAACGGCCACGGCAAGCCCCCUCCCAUCUCCUACCUGCAGGCCAUCACCGGGGAGAAGCGCGGCAUUAAAACGCGCGCCAUGACCUGGGGCACGGAAAACGAGGCCAAGGCCGCCCGGAUCUACCAGCGCCUGAAGAGCCAGUCUCUGGGGCGGCCCGUGCGGGUGCAGGACUGCGGCCUGUUCAUCGACCCCGAGCGCCGCUGGCUGGGAGCCAGCCCCGACGGCCUGGUGGAGGAUGCCCAGAGCGGCGAGCGUCUCCUCUGCCUGGAGAUCAAGUGCCCGUACAAACACCGCGGCCGCACGGUGGCCGAGGCCUGCGAGACCGACCGCUACUUCUGCCUGGAGCUGCAGCCCGAGGCCGGGCCCGGAGAGCCGCAGUACCGGCUGAAGACCAAGCACUGCUACUACACACAGGUGCAGUGCCAGAUGGCUGUGGUGGGGCUACACCAUUCUGACUUUGUGGUGUACACCCGGCGUGAGACCGCCAUCGUGCCCGUCACCUUCGACCCCGAGUUCUGGAAAAGCACAGUGGCCAAGCUGGAGAUUUUCUACAAGGAUGCAGUGGUGCCGCACCUGCAGAAGAAAGCGAACGGCGCUCCACUCCAGAGGCGGGAAGAGUAGGCCAGUGCCAGCACGUCUCCGUUUUUAUAUGCGUUGGUCACAUGGGCAACAAGCUAACCAAUUAGCGUGGAGGACUGUGGUGUGCAGCAGUGAUUAGGAUGAGGGGGCUUGCUUUGUAGCUGUAAGAAAUGAGGGCUUAAUGGGAAGUGAAUUCUCCACCCCAGGAGCAGAGCAACGUAGUUCUACUGGCGCAUAGAAAAAGGCAUGUCAAUAGAAAUGACAUUUCUCUAAGCUUAACAAAGUGUGCAGAACAGCUGCAGAGUAUGGUUUGAUGGUUAAAAGCGGAGUUCUGAAAGAUAAAUAUGAAUUUUAAAAAAAGGACUCCACCACAUGAAAUAGAAAUGACUUUUCUAGAAGCUUAACAAAGUAUGCAGAACAGUUGCAGAGAAUAGUUUGAUGACUAAAACGCUUAUGUUCUGACAGAUAAAGGUAAUUGGUGAGAGAUAAAGAUGAAUAAAAGAUUCAAAACCUC